AUGCACUGCGCGCGCAUAGCAACGCGGCGAAGGGAAAGAAAGAACAACAACCCCGCACACCCAGAUUACACUCCGUCCAUUUUCCCGCAAGCAGUGCUGAAGGAAUUGACUAAGAGUACCACACUUGAUCGCUUCAAGAGAGCACAGAAAAGAAAAGCACCAUCCACUACUCUAGUAUCACGAAAGGAAAGGAAGAUACCUUUUGGAUUCGCCUUCGGUUUGUUUUACCCUUCAAACAUGGCGGCGGUUGGUUGCUACGCAGGUCACAUGAUUCGUGACGUAACGCCGACCUCGAGAAUGCUGCUCAGACCACGGACAUAA